AUUUUCCAACAGAUCGAGAGAUGGCGGCUGGUCUUGGGUUUCGACGCUAUUUAUUGUGCAUCUUGUUUCUUCUUUCAAUCACUAUAUUUUGUGUUUCUGCCCGUAACUUCAUUUCUCUCUCAGGGGAAGAGAUGGAAAUGCUACAAGUGAGUCCACAGGAUUAUGGUGAACCUUCCGCAAACAACAACCACUAUCCUGGCAGGGGCAGGUUCAAUGGUGGUGGCAGUGGCCGUGGCCGCAACAACUGGCCAUGACAAUUAAUUAUUCACUAUAUAUCCUCAUGAGCGCACAUUUUCUGUACGUUGCACAAUAAAAAUCUGUUACCUCGUAUAUUUUGUACUCAGUUUGAAUCCUCUGCUGUUCGUGCCAUUCGUGUUAUUUCAUGCGUCUCUUAUACAUAUUACAGAGAAUUCUUAUUCAACAAGUGUUAGUGAGGCAUUAAAGGUCUAGGACCAAUGAUGAAGCAGUUUCAUUAUAUUGACAAGAACUUCCUAAGAUUGUUGAUACAGUUUCGUCUUUGUACACCCAGAAUAAAUGUGAUUUAUAUAAUUAAGAAUUAUUAGCUAUGGAAAUAAAUUUGUUUGC